AUCUUAAUGUCUUCGAGUCCUGGUAAGCCAGGCCAACAUGUGGUUUGCCACUUUCUUCAGUGGCUUCUGCUGCAUGGAGAUCAUGACCUUUGUCCCGCUGACUUCUUGUAGCUGAAAAGACUGGGUUUUUGUUUUUUGCUAGUGUCUUUCAAGAUCACUUUUUAUUUCUCAGCUCUUGUUGGCUGGACCCUUUAAAAACCCUUAACAGGAAACAGCAACAUCCUGCAUCCCAUUUUAAAUCUGUUAUUUUUAUAGAUUGCAGUCCAGUGAAGGAGAGACUGAUUGCUAUUUGUGAUGUUUCUGUUCCACUUGUCUUUUUGUAAAGACAUCACAGGAAGAUGGAGGACCACACAGCUGUCAGGAGGAGGCUCAAACCAAGCUGUUCAGUCUCGCUUGAAGACAGAUUACAGAAGGACGAGGCCAAAUCCAGAUUUUGUGGUGUGCAAAUUUACCCUGGUGUGUUAUCGCUACCAGGGGAUCUGACCUCAGCCAGGAGCAGUGAGAGCCUCCUCUCCCCAGCCAUGCUGAGCGCUGGCCUAGGACUGCUGAUGCUGGUGGCAGUGGUUGAAUUUCUCAUCGGUUUAAUUGGAAAUGGAGUCCUUGUGGUCUGGAGUUUUAGAGAAUGGAUGAGAAAAUUCAACUGGUCCUCAUAUAACCUCAUUAUCCUGGGCCUGGCUGGCUGCCGAUUUCUCCUGCAGUGGCUGAUCAUUUUGGACUUAAGCUUGUUUCCACUUUUCCAGAGCAGCCGUUGGCUUCGCUAUCUUAGUAUCUUCUGGGUCCUGGUAAGCCAGGCCAGCUUAUGGUUUGCCACCUUCCUCAGUGUCUUCUAUUGCAAGAAGAUCACGACCUUCGAUCGCCCAGCCUACUUGUGGCUGAAGCAGAGGGCCUAUAACCUGAGUCUCUGGUGCCUUCUGGGCUACUUUAUAAUCAAUUUGUUACUUACAGUCCAAAUUGGCUUAAUGUUCUAUCAUCCUCCCCAAGGAAACAGCAGCAUUCGGUAUCCCUUUGAAAGCUGGCAGUACCUGUAUGCAUUUCGGCUCAAUUCAGGAAGUUAUUUGCCUUUAAUGGUGUUUCUUGUUUCCUCUGGGAUGCUGAUUGUCUCUUUGUAUACACACCACAAGAAGAUGAAGGUCCAUUCAGCUGGUAGGAGGGAUGUCCGGGCCAAGGCUCACAUCACUGCCCUGAAGUCCUUGGGCUGCUUCCUCUUCCUUCACCUGGUUUAUAUCAUGGCCAGCCCCUUCUCCAUCACCUCCAAGACUUAUCCUCCUGAUCUCACCAGUGUCUUCAUCUGGGAGACACUCAUGGCAGCCUAUCCUUCUCUUCAUUCUCUCAUAUUGAUCAUGGGGAUUCCUAGGGUGAAGCAGACUUGUCAGAAGAUCCUGUGGAAGACAGUGUGUGCUCGGAGAUGCUGGGGCCCAUGAUCUGGGAAGAAAAGUGUGGUCAGGACACUCUUGGGAUGCUCUUUUGAUAGCUCUCUAUAAGGGAGCUGCUUUCCAUGUCUUUUAAGAUUUUCCUUCUUUUACACCAAUGUAAUGAAUGAGCAACAGAAAAUACGGAUCAAAACCCAAUACUAUUUCUCUUUUGGCAAUGCAAAGUAUAUUUUCUUAAUGUACCACAGAAAUCAAGGCUAGGGCUUCAUGUUUGGUAAAAGAGGUAUUAUAUUCUCUCUACAUAUAGCAAAUAAUUCAUAUAUAAAUCAUGUUUUUCCUAUUAUAAAAAGCAGAGAUUAGGAACAAUUCUGUCUACAUAUAGCAAAAAUUCAUAUAUAAAUUGUGUUUUUCCUAGUAUAGAAAACAGAGAUUAGGAACAAUUAUAGUGAUCAUUAAUUUUUAUGAAAUUUUACCUAUACAUUUAUGUUAGUCAUUUUAGAUAUGCUUUUUAAAAAGUAUCAAAUAAUUUCCCCAUUUCUCUGCUGUAAUGUAUCUAAUUAUCUAACUGAAAAACAAAACAAAACAUCUUUAUAUUUCUGGAAGUUUCUUUGAGCCCUAGCCUUGGCUUUCAGAAUAAAAAUCAGGCUCACACCUGUAAUCCCAGCGCUUUGGGAGGCUGAGGCGGGCGGAUCACGAGGUCAAGAGAUCAAGACCAUCCUGGCUAACAUGAUUAAACCCCAUCUCUACUAAAAAUACAAAAAAUUAGCCUGGUGUGUUGGCGGGCACCUGUAGUCCCAGUUACUCGGGAGGCUGAGGCGGGAGAAUGGCAUGAACCCAGGAGGUGGAGAUGGCAGUGAGCCGAGACCAUGCCACUGCACUCCAGCCUGGGCAACAGAGCGAGAUGCCAUCUCAAAAAAAAAAAAAAAAGCAGAAUAAAAGUCAGUUGGAUGCCAUGAUCUGUAUUAAGCUCCAAGGCCCAGGAACUGGAGUGGGGCAAUAUGAGAGUGAGGGGCACUUGCUUCUGCUUAAAAAAAAUAGACUGCUUUUGAAGAGGUCACGCUGUCUGCUCUUCAGCCAUUUAGCCAUUUUGCCUGUCUACUGUGGCCUCACCACAGCCUACAGUCAGAGUUCUAGUGUGCCAGGUCUUUGAGUUGGAGGGAGAUCAUUUAGAAUGCCAGAUCCAUGGCAGUAGGAACUGUGUCUGUUUUUAUUUUCUCCCACGUCUCUGUGACUAGAACACUGCCUAUUGCAUAAUAAACGCUUAAUAAAUAUUUUGUAAAUGAUUGAAUAGCUGUGCUAACUGGUUUUACAAUGCCUCCUUUGUAUUGUAGGUAGAGAAACUGAUGCCCAGAGAGGGGCAGUGGCCUGCCCUGGGUUUCAUAGAGAGCCUGUGGCAGUGCUGGGACUAGAGCUGUUUCUUGACUCCUAGUGCAGGGCUCUUUCCUUUACAACAUGCUACUUUCCUAAUGUCCUUCCCUCCUUGGAACCCCAUGCCUCUUUCUACAGACCCUUCUACACAACUUAUUCUCUUCCUUCUUUCUAGCCUUCUUUGUUUCGGUUCCAGGGGGAUCUGAAAUCCAAAGGACAACACUUGGCAUUCUUAAAUAUUUUUUUUUCACUUCCUAUGGAUCACACUAAUCUACUUUCAUUAAUCUAUUCUCUCAAACAUAUCUUUUUCUUACCUGAAGCUGAGAAUUGAGGUACAUGCUAGGCACAUGUGGAUAUUAGUCAUCACACAGGGGGAGAUUGGUUCCACUGUCACUGUGAGUUGUGUGAGGUCGAGUACCAUAUUUUAUGUCCUGGGAAGGAUCAUAUUCAUUCUUUUUAAAUAGAAAGGUGCUUCUGCUUGGUUAUAUUUUUGUUAGUAGGAUGAAUUUUCAUUAUACCAUUUCUAUUUUUUUUACAGAUGUCCUUUGUGACCAAUUGUUGUAAUAGUGACAAUAGUAUUUAACAUUUGUAUUGGGCUUUACAUUUUACCAGACAAUCUCAUAUAUAGUCCAUUAUCUCAUUUGAUUUUAAUAGCAACUCUAUGCAGUUAGCAAUUUUAUCCCCAAUUCACAGGUGACAAAACUCAGGCUGGAGUGAUGAUUUGCCCAGGAUCAUGAACUUGUAAAUAAUGCAGAUGGAGCAGACCCAAAUUUUUUGACUCCGAGUCUUGUGCUCUUUCCAGUAAAUCCUAAGUAUCUCAUUGUUCAUACUUGUAAGACUUCAAACUAGGAUUAGCCUGUGGAACUUCCCUCAAGUUUAUGAGUAUUUUUACACACAUGCAAUAAGCAACUAAUCUUUCAAAUUUGGUAUUGGUGGGAUGCCUGGGUGCUAAGAUCCAAAAUCACAACAGAUCAAAGUUUAUGAUCUGCUUUUCUUAGUGACAAGGUAUGGAAUCAACCUAAGUGUCCAUCAACACAUGAACAGAUAAGGAAAAUGUAGUGUAUACAUGUAUGUGUAUCUGUUUCAUUUUCUACUUUUCUGUACUGUUCAAAUUGUUUUUAGCCAUGCUCAAAUAUCACAUUUGAACAUUUGAACAGAUAAAAAAAUGUAGUGUACAUAUGUAUGUGUAUAUAUGUAUACACACACACAAUGGAAUAUUAUUCAGCUUUUAAAAAGAAGGAAAUCUUGUCAUUUGAAAAAAUGUGGAUGAACCUGGAGGACCAUUAUGCUAACUGAAAUAAGCCACAUACAGAAAGACAAAUACUGUAAGAUCUCACAGAUGUGUGGAAUUUCAAAAAGCCAAACUCACAGAAGCAGAGUAGGAUGGUGGUUGCCAGGGUCUGGGACAUGGGGGGAAUAGGGAGAUGUUUGGUUUCUGUUAGGAAGAAUGAAUAAGCUCUGGAGAGCUAAUGUACAGCAUAGUGACUGUAGUUAAUAGAACUGUGUUAUAUACUUGAAAUUUGCAAAGAGAGUAGAUGUUAAAUGUUUUCACUAACAACAACAACAAAGAUAAUUGUGAGGUGGUGGAUAUGUUAACUUGAUUGUGGUACUCAUUUCACAGUGUAUACAUAUGUCAAAACAUCAUGUUGCGUACUGUAGAUAUAUACCAUUCUUGUCAAUCAUUCCUCAAUAAAGCAGGAAAAAUUAUUGCAUUUUCCACAUCACCUUUUGGGAUUUGAUUUCCUUCUUUUUCUGUACACAAUUUACCUUAUGAUGCGUAUGAGACUGCUUUGUGUUUUAGCAAAGAAAACAAAUCCGAAGGCAAAUAUAUACUCUUGAAUUGA